UUUCCUCUUUGCGCGCCAAACCUAAGGGGGUGGCUUUAGUUUCUGUAAUUUUUAAUUAUACCCCCCUGAGCGUGUCACCUACUUGGCUAUUUCGCGCGCACUGGUGCGGAUUACCACCCACUACCACCUACGGCCGCCCAUCGCCACCCACUGCCACAUAUCGCCACCCACCGCCACCCACUACCUCCUUACGGCGCCCUCUGCCUGUACAGUCGAACAAAGCCGAACGAUUCCGAACAAUGCCGAGCUUCACCGAGGUUUACACGAGUACGCGAUAUAGUGUACACACCGCACUCGCACGCGAUCACUAGACUCGUGCUCGCGAAAGGAGUCGGACCCGACAAGGGAGUGUUCUCUUCCAGAGGGAGGAGAAUCGAUAAGAGGGGGAAAGGCGACACCUCGCGAAGCCUCGGCUUCUUCGGCGAAGUCCUCGAGAGCUUUCGGAGGGUCAGAGGUCGGGAAAGGUAUACCGGGAAUAAUCGUGUCGCACACGCAGCGCGCAAUGUCGCUGUCCCCUAGCUCGCAGUCGAGGCCGCCAUCGAGAGGGCCCCCGGUCGGAGGUCAGCGACCACCAACACCGAUCGCGCACCCUGGAGGUCCGCGACCGGAAGGACGAGGCCCGUUCCUGGGACCCCCCGGUCCCGCGGGACCUCCAGGACCUCCAGGAUCUCCGGGAGCAACUAGUCCUGGCCGUAUGGUGCGACCUAAAACCCCCCAACUUUCGGGGAACGAGCCACCUCGAAGAACUACGCCGCCACCCUCGCCGGCGCCACCGACCGCACCCUCACCGACGCAGGCACAGCACCCCGGGAUGCGGAUUCCGCAAGCGUCUUCCGAGAGACAGACUUCCAAUCCGACUUCCCCGUCGCCAGUCUCAGCGGACCCUGCGACUCCCAAAAAUAAGAGCCUUGAAGAUGGUGCUAGUCCCCGGAUUGACCAACAUUUGGAGAAGGGCCCAACAGGUGACCGGGACGAGGUCGCCAGGUCGCCGGUCGGUGAACCUUCUAAAAGUGCGACCUCCAAGUCUGAAAGGGCCUCUACUGGUCGCAGCAAGGGAGAGGCGCAAUUGGAGAACGGCGAAGACGAGGAUGACGAUAACGACGUCGUGUUUGACGAUGAUAAGGAGAUCGUUCAACAGCGUCCUCCGUCCUCGAAUGCUAAGAUGGACACGCAGGGUGUGCAAGGUCAGUCUCGACCACCUUCUUCGGUGUCUAACCAUCGAAGGUCGGACUCCUCCGACGUCCAGGUGGCAGUUCCAUCGAGGUCGAAAGUAGAGACCCCCCAGGAUCACGUCAACGAAAACGGAGGUGGAGAGGUAAAGAAUCCUAGAACCACGCCGGAUGGUCCUUCUCGUAGUCAGUCUGGACGGGAGACUCCUCGCACGCCGGAUGACCGGAAGUCCGGGAAACCGGAAGCCAGCUUGCCGGCGACUCCGGAAACUCGGCCACCUUCGGCUCAGCGAGCCUCCCCAGGGCCCAAAAUGGCCACCCCUGAAGUUCUGACAGUUUCCCCUCAUCCACCUUCGCCUUCGGCUGCCAAAGUGACCACUCCUGAAGUUCCUGUCACACCGCAUCCGGUUUCACCAUCGGGCACGAAAAUGGCGUCCCCUGAACCUCCACCUGCGGCGGCUCUUCCGGUUUCACCCUCUGGUACCAAAAUGGCGAAGCCCGAAGCAUCACCGACAGCUUCGAAGCGACCUUCUCCGUCGGUUUCCAGAAUAGCCACCCCUGAAGGUCCGUCAGCAGUUUCGCAUCCCGUUUCUCCGCCUGGUACCAAUAUGGCGUCAACGGUAUCGCAUCCAGUUUCACCGUCUGGUACCAAUAUGGCGUCCCCUGAACCUCCACCUGGCGCUUCUCAUCCGGCUUCGCCUUCUGGUACCAAAAUGGCGAAGCCAGAACCAUCGCCGACAGCUUCGAAGCGACCUUCUCCAUCGGUCAGUAGAAUGGCCACUCCUGAAGGCCCGACGGCAGUUUCGCAUCCGGUUUCACCGUCAGGUUCCAAUUUGGCGACCCCUGAACCUCCACCAGCAGUUUCGCACCCGCCUUCGCCCUCCGGUACAAAAAUGGCGAAACUCGAAGCUUCACCGGCCCCAUCAAAGGGAAAUUCCCCAUCCGGUAUCAGACUGGCGACCCCUGAAACUCCUCCAACAGCAUCCCAUCCGACUUCUCCAUCUGGUACCAAAAUGGCGACCCCCGAAAUUCCUCCGACUUCUCGUCCGCCUUCCGGGGCCAAAAUGGCCGCCACUGAACUCAGCAAGCCGUUGCCUCCCGAGCCGUCCCAAGACAAAGAGUCCAUCCAAGGCUUCGACAAUGGGCAGAGGAGGUCCCUGACAUCUUCGCCGUCCCCUUCGUCGUCCAAACCGACGCCAAGAACGACGCCGACGCCCCCGCCAUCUCGAGGAGACCCUGGACCUGUAAUCACUUCCGACGAGAAGAAAUCUCCGGAACCCAAGGCUGUGACAAACAUGGCAGCCGUAACAACGACGGCGGUUAAAAAACCCGAAGAAAAACCUGAACCCGUUAAUAACGACUCCGAAUCUGUACAGAUACCUCCCAAAAUGGAGGAACAAGAAAUGACAUCUCCCCAGGCUGACGCCACCGAAACAGAGACGGAGAACGGCGUGGACUCGACGAAGGGCACUAGGGGAUCGACGACGAACGGCGUCGCCGGGUCGCCGACGAAAAAGCCGGCAGGGAUUCCGGGAGACUCGGAGAAGAGGCCGGCUACGAACUUGGGGUCGCCCACGAAGUCGCCCACCAAGUCGCCCAGCAAGUCCAAGUCGCUGCCGAGGACGCCGGACGCCGCGACGAGCCCGGCGACCCCGACGACUCCUGCGACCGCUUCCGAGAAGAAAAAAGUCCCGAUGAACAAGGUUCAGGUGGGUGCGGCGCCCUCGCCUAACCUGAAGACCGUCAGGUCCAAGAUCGGCUCCCUGGACAACGCGAGCUACAAGCCUGGAGGUGGAAAAGUCAAGAUAGAGAACAGGAAGCUCGACUUCAGCAAGGCGCAGCCAAAGAUCGCGGCGAAGAACGAGAAGUACACCCCGAGUGGUGGAGACAAGAAGCAGAUUACCCAAGUGAAGCUGCAGUGGAACGCCAAGCCCAAGGUCGGCUCCCUGGACAACGCGACCUACAAGCCGGGAGGUGGGGAUAAAAAAAUCGAGACGGUCAAGCUAGACUUCAAAGACAAGGCCAAGCCAAAGGUGGGCUCCAAAGAGAAUGCGAAGCACGUUCCAGGUGGUGGCAGCAUCAAGUCGGCAUCGUCACCGCCCAAGACGCCCCAGGAGUCGACCGCCGACGUAAGUGCCAUCGAGACGCAGAAGAUCGACAUCAAGGCGGAGAGCAAGAUCGGCUCCCUGGACAACGUGAAGCACAAGCCAGGAGGCGGCGAUAAGAAGAUCUUCAAUGACAGGGACUAUCUCCGUCAGACAGGCUCCAACGUGGAGAGUCUGAGUGGCAGCGGCUCCCAGGCGGAGAUCUCCAGCCCGGAGGAACCUCAAGGUCGGCAGCCUCCCGAAGAGCCGGAGCAUAAAUCCAGAACCAGGCCUCAUCCUCGCCCUCCACCUACCACCCCCACCAGGAACCAACCUCGACCUCGACGAGUGGCAACCCCGUCGAGUCUCGACACCUCGAAGACCGCCCCCGAGGCUGCAAAAUCUCCAGAGCCGGUUCCAGCAGCACCAGUGGUACCAACGACGCCUUCUCCGAAGAACGAACGACAGGGCUCCAGUUCUGCGAGGAAGGAAGACGUUCCGAAGACCAAGAAGAAGACCCCGGUGACGACGCCAUCGAAAUCGCCCCCGAAGACGCCAGACAUGGAGAGACGACCGACGCCCUCUGAAGCGAUAACCGAGGCGCCAUCCUCGAAGGAACUUCGACUCCCGGAAUUGUCACCCCCAGCCCCGUCUAAAACCUCGGUUAAGUCUCCUAGGUCGCCCUCAAAAACACCCCCGAAGACGGCCCUGAAAACAGAUUCCACAUCCGAGGACCGACAGGAGCCCAGAAUCGUCCUACCGAAAUUGGUGGAGACUUCAACGCUCGCAACGCGAGCUGCCGGCCUAGGAAGCGCCGCGGUUCCGCCAUAAACCGUAAAAAUUCCAAAACUCGGACAUUUUGGGGAUGAAUUCACUAGAACUACUAGAAAUAAAGGUCUUGGGGCUUUUCAACCUUAGACGUUAUCGACAUCCCGGCCUCUCAACUCCUUUAUUUUUUACAUAAUUUAGAGCAAUCUGAAUUGAACAUGGCGGAUCGCCGCGCCAUCUCGCGUCAUUUUCCGUUCACUAUCAGAAACCGAUUACGAUCCGAAUGCCUGACAAUUCUCGAAAGUCUUUAAAAUGUUUAAAGAAAAAAGGAACGGGGAGUCCGUGAUGUCGAUAACCUCGCGAGGUAAAGCGCCGCCAUAGGGCUCGAUUAAUCAAUGCCGUAAUAAUCCGUCCGGUGAGAGAUAGGCGCGUUUUAUGGUGCGUUGAGUGAGUUUAUAUCGAUCGACGGAAAGGGAUGAAAAACUCGUUCGCGGAACGCUUUUAGUGUCAGUCACGUUGCUUAACGUCGUCCGACAUUGCGCGAGCCUCAACUGGGUUUAUAUCGAUCUCCUCGUCCUGGCUCGAUGGGAUUACCCGCGAAAGGAGCUCUUCCUGGUCAGUUGAAAUUAUCAAUGCUUAGUUGGGUCCGCGAUAAUCUGCACGAAUGGUCGAAAUACCGGGAAGAAGAUGUAAUGUAAUCCGCGACUCGAUUAACGGGUAAUUGAACGUGGAUGUAAAUCUUCGUUGGAAUCGCAAGUCGCGCUCUGUCGUAUUUACUUAACGUCGAGUUACGUGAAAAAUGGAGGUGCCUACGAAAAGCGGAAAGCAAUUACGUCUAAACCUUGAAGGGGCCUCCCUACCCUGAUUCAAGAGUCCAUUGACCCACCGGGACUCUGACUCGACUCGAGUACUCAGUUCGGUCUCUUCCGUCGAACCGAUAACACCGAUAGUGAGUGCGCUGCUCGCCGGUUACUCGAAUUUCGUAUAUCUAUUUAUUCUCCAUAUCAUCCCUUUCCGCAUUUCGACCAGUCGAAGGUGAAAGAGGUCCGUCCGAGUUCGGUCUGCAUGGUCGACCGAUCGAAACCAGGAGUUCGGUGCUAUUCUGGGGCAUUUGCGUGCAAUCACGUGUCGUUUCCGAGAUUUCCUCGGAAAAGGGGGCGCGGGGGAGGGCGCGAUGCCGGAGGUGCAUCGGUGCCAGGAACCCGCGGACGCCCUCGGAAGUGCAACCAGGUGCACGUGCCUUCGAUUUCCCGAUCGAAAGACCCCCGGACCGGACUGCGCAGUCUGGUUCGCGAAGCUGAAGCGAGAGAUCAUGAAGAGUCUCCGCAACAAGGUGCACCCGAGAGGCCCCAGGUAAGUCGGGAUCGAAAGCCCCGGAAAUUCCUAUUUCGAGCCUCGAGAAAAUCCCACCAAAAAUGGGAGAAAUAACGAUUCGCUCGGAAUGGAGGGACUCGACUCUUGGAUCAAUGGGAAUAAUUCCGUAAUAAUUGUGUACACCUUGGAAUGUGGUAUCGCCGGGGGUGGCGAUGAUUGUACUAGCGGUGCGUAGCGUUAAAUGGAAUUUCGCGACAUUCGUCGACGUUUUGCCAGGUGACUCAAGUGUAGCUCCUCGUCGACGAGGCGACGGCUUGAUCGAACAGUUUUGCGGCCCUUGGAAACGCUCGUGGAAAAUAAAACCCCAGGGGUCGGGUCGUCACGGAAACGCGCACGCGUGACUCAACCGCUCGUUGUCUUUACGGUAGACCGGACGAGCGUACUCGCGCGAGUGUACUCACGUGAGCGUACCUGCAACCGGACACUCGCGUGUACACUGGCGGACAUGAUUACCUUUCCUGUGGGUGUACGAUGUCCAGGGUGGAGGAGAUACGGAGGGAAACCAUCGUGGCCGACAGUGUACGUUACAUCGGUACGUGCCUGCCCACCUCGCCGCAUCAGACCCGAACGCAUCCUCUCGUGCUUAUUGUCGGGUCCCUCUUUCCUUCCUUCCUUUCUCCUUCUACUCGAAGAGGGCAAGGACCUGCAACUUGAUAACGUAAACAUUAAGGAAGAUAAUUAAUCCAGCCGGAGGGUUUUAUCACUAAUUUCCCCGGGGACGAGGAAGAAGUGCGCUAGAUAGACUGUUAGAUACGCAAGACGGUGGAAAGUUCUUCAGGGAGAUUUUCCAGAAAAUUUUUCAUCUCUUCCUUUCUUCCUCUCCUAGGAGAGGAAAUAAGUGAGGAUAACGUUAAAUCCUUGAGGUUAGUGGCACCGUGAAUUUCUUUCGCCGAAAUUUGUAGGGAAUUUUCGCGGCGUUAAGGAACUGGGAGAAAAUUGGGAAAUCGUGGAAUUGAGGUUUUACGAGGGUGGUAAUUACUUUCCAAGGCGGUAAUUCCCAUGUGUGAGGGGUAGUGCGAGUUGUUUCCUUAUACGGUGCUAUUUAGCGUUCCUUUUAUGUGUCGUUACCGACUUCGAGUGCUUCCCUUUCGUUCUCCUUUGUCCUCUUCUUCCUUCGAGUUCGUCGGUUCAGAGACACCGUGUCGUGCUUUUUUCGAGGAUAAAUCGUUGAUAUAAUGUAUUUAGAGUGGCGUAAAAUGAAAAGAACAUGUAAUUUAGGUUUCGGUAGACCUUAAUUUCGACAGACCCUGUCAGGUUCGAGGUCGAUUAGGGCAAUUUUCAAGGUUCGUCCGGACGGUCUGAGCCAAUCACCGAAUAAUCGCCUAAUUGUAGCGGCUUAGAGAACCGUCCAUUUUCGACCAUAUUUGCGAGCGUGCUAUAAAAAAGCAAAAGCCGCUAAAAUGUUGCAUUCGUGCAAUCGUUUAAUUAAUGUUGCACCAGAGGAAUACAGUCCGCAUUUUUCUUUCUCGUGUGAAAGCAAAUCAGUUAGGCUCGUGCACGUGACCAGAAUUUAAUAUUUCAUUAUUUGGUGGAAUAUUUACCUGGAGCGGAUUAUUAGAUUUAUUAAGGAAAAAUAGAAAUUAUACGAUAUGCGUAAUUUCAGGAACGUCGUUAGCACUUAUGCCAACAACUUGGUUAAGACAGACUUUAUGAAAUACAUUUUAGCAAUCAUAAAUUAUUUUAA